CUGCUCCCGCACCGCUCCCGCACCAUGGGCGGCUCUGCCUCCGCGCCGCUGGACGACAGCAAGUGCACCUACAUCCGAGGAAAAACAGAGGCCAUCAUCAAAAACUUCAGCCCCCACUACCGACGCCAGUACGCCGUGGCCUUCUGCAGGCACGUGCAGGAGGAGCUGGAGCAGCACCAGCGUUCCCAGUCCUGCUUCCUGAAAACCAAGCCCCCAGGGGAAGCGGGGACGGUCUUAUACGAGGCGGAGCUGCUGCAUUUCGUGGAGGAUCUGAAGAAGUGGAAGGACAGAUACGUCGUUGUCAGAAAUGACUACACUGUGGAUUGCUUUGAGACCAAGGAGGCAUACCAGAAAGGAGCCAGCCCAAAACAUCACAUUGUUCUUGCAGGAGGCAAAGUGCUGACUUCAGAAGAAGAUUACAAUUUGCUGUCUGAUAAACAUUUUCCAGAUCCUGUGGGGUCGAGCGAGAAGGAGGCGUCUCCAGCCUUUGUCCCUCUCCCGAAGGAGUUCCCGGUGUACCUGUGGCAGCCCUUUGCCCGGCACAGCUACUUCUGCUUCCCGGAGCCCGGAGCUCAGAGGGAGUUCAGCGCCGUGCUGGGGGACUGUGUGAGACACUCCAACCACGAUUUCCUCAAGCAGACCACGUAUGAAGUCGAGGCGUUCCUGGAAGCCAUUCAGUUCUUCCGGCAGGAGAAAGGCCACUACGGGACCUGGGAAAUGAUAACUGGCAAUGAAAAAGAGAUCCUGAGCAACCUCGUGAUGGAGGAACUGCUGCCCAACCUUCAGACAAUGAUCCUGCCCAAAAUGAAGGGGAAGAGGAAUGACAGGAAGAGGGCCUGGUUUGCUAUCGUAGAGGAAACUUACAGCUUAGUCCAGCAGCAAGUGGCAGAAGGAUUAAAUACCUUGAAGGAAGAAUGCAGAGAAGUUGCAAAAACUCUCGAAGGAACCAUUCGUUCAGACAUGGAUCAGAUUCUGAACUCCAAGAACUUCUUAGCUGGGAAAAUCAAAGCCACUGUCUCUGAGCCUGCCCAGAAGUGCUGCAUGGAAAACAUCCAGCCUUUCCUCACCUCCAUCCUUGAGGAGCUCAUGGGCCCCGUGAGUUCGGGGUUCACGGACGUCCGCUCGCUCUUCGAUAAAGAAGUCAAUGACAUCAUCCAGGACUUCCAGAAGACCAGCGACACGACAAAGCUCAAGGAGAACGUGGAUCAGCUUAUGAACCUGCCCUUCAACUCCGUGAAAAUGGAGCCCUGCUACCUGAAGGUGAACCUCCUCCAGGAGCUCCUUCAGGACCUCAAGAGUCGCUUCAAGGUCUAUCACAUUGAUUUUGUGAUUCAGAGGACGCAGAACUUCAUGCAAGAGCUGAUGGAAAAUGCAGUUUACACCUUUGAGCAGCUGUUCUCUCCAAGUCACCAGGCAGACUCGGCCAAAGUGGCAACAACCCUCGAAAAAGUCAAGCUGAGGGUGCUGAAGCAAUACGACUACGACAGCAGCACUAUCAGGAAGAAGAUAUUCCAAGAAGCGCUGGUACAGAUUACCCUGCCCACAAUGCAGAAGAGCCUGGCUUCAACAUGCAAACCAGAGCUGCAGAAGUAUGAGCAGUACAUUUUCGCUGAUUACACGAGUGUGAUCCAAGUAGAGAAUGUGUAUGAAGAGAUUUUAUACCAGACACUGCUCGAAGAGGCCCUGAAAGUGAUAAAAGAAGCUGCCGUUCUGAAGAAGCACAACCUCUUUGAAGACAACCUGAAUUUGCCCUGCGAGAGCGUGUCCAGCCUGGCAGAGCCGAAGACCCCUUCGGGCUCAGCACAGACCACCCCUGCCAAGAAACCUUCGGCCGCCCGAGGAGAGGUGUCGGACACGGAGAGCCAGGGGGACGAGACGCUCGUCGUGACGGGAAAGAUCGCCUGGGAGAAGGAUGCCGAGGAAGGGAAGUCAUCAGACAAAGAGGCAGCUCGUAAUGCAGCUGGUGAUCGCAGCAGAAGUGAAGCAGGGGUUGUUACAGACGCCGGUGAGAAAGAGGAGUCCCCUCCAGCUGACCGCACAAAACGGGGAGUGGCGGAGGGGAAAAGCGCCGUGGGGAAUGAACCAGAGCGUGUGAUGGAUGCUGAGAGAGAACUCCAGGCGCCACAAGAAGCUGUGGAGGAAAAAGUAGCUUCUGGGACUGACGCUGCAGUGAAAAAUUUCGGAUCCAGCCCUAAAAAAGAACCUAAGGUACCCAAAGGAGCAGCGGAGGAAAAGGAAACGUUGGAGAGUCAAAUGGCGAGGGAUGCUGCACUUGUCAGUGCCACUGAGAAAGAAAGCAAAGCAGGGGAAGAAGUUUUGGAGAUAAAGCUGACGUCCCCACAUGAGAGUGUAACAGAAGCAGAGAUUCCAGGGAAUGCUGAAAAGAAAAGUGAGGUAGAAAAAGAAAUGAUGGAAAAAUUAUCUCAGAGUGAAAAUGCAGUAGGAGCAGGGUUUGAAGAGGAUGGUAAAAAAGGAAGCAGUGAGCAAGGAGCAAGUACAGAGGAAAGGGUUGUUUCCCAGCAUGGAAACACGGGGAAAGGAGGGUUGGGGGAUAACCCUGAAAAAGAAAGCACGUUGGAAAAAAAGAGUUGUAAAUCCCCUGAUGAUGUGAACGAGAUAAGGAGUUUGCUGAUGGUGUCGGUUGAGGUACCAGCAGAUACGCCAGAGGAGAACAUAAGGGAGAUCUGUGAGGGGGAGAUACUAAAGCUGCAAGAGGACAGCGGAGGGAACAGUGAAUUGAGCAAAGUGGCUGUGGCAGAAAUCCAGGGGAGCCAGACGAUGAGGAGCGAAGAUGCAGCAGAAGGUGUGGGACUCAAGGAGGAGAGACCGUCCUCGUGUUUGGGGACAGAGGGUACACGAUUAGAGAGCGUGUCCAGGGGGGCACAAGCAGAGUGGCUGGUGGAAAGCUCAGACCCGCCUCAGGAGGCAAAAGCAGAGGUGGGGAUGAAGCAAAGCGUGUGGUACACAGGCGUGGGAAGCUGCGGGAGUGAGAGGCUGCAGCCGGACGAACCCACGGGAAACGCGCGGGAAGGCAGAAGGUUGGCCGGGCAGGAAGGAGGAGCAGGGAAUAGCCACGCCAUCCCCGUGGAGGUGGGGACACAGAGCUCCUCUCAGAGCGCUGCUGGACGUGCAGACACCACAGAAAUGGCCAUUUUGGAUAUGGAGAACCCAGGAGCAGGACUGCUGGAGCCGGUCUCUUUGGUGCCACAGCAGCACGAGGUUAACGCUGCUUUAAAGGUCACGGGAGAUAAAGGGGCUGGUGGGGCCGAGGGGGAGCCAGGAGAUGAAUCAUCUUCACACACGGAAAUCCAAAGCACAGAAGUGAAAGAUACCCUCACAGAAGAAAACAGAGAAGAUAGCUGUGCACAGCAAAACUCGGAAGAGUAGGAAGUGUUUUUCGGCCCAGCCCUGCGGGAUUUAUUUACUCCAGCAAUCCCUGUUUGAUUGUGAAUGCUCCUUAGGGUUGGAGCUAGAGGAAAUGGGCUUUGUUGUGGGAUCUCCAGCUCUUUCAGGUUUCCCACAGAUCCCUUCCUGAGUGAUGGGUGAUGGGCUUCUUUUUGGUUUAAAACCAGGUUACUGCUGAGAAACCUCAUCUUUCACUUCAAAUUGGCUCCCUUUUGCAGUUUAAGUCCAAAAAUGUGACCACUGAAUGCUUCAAAAGCGAGUCACUCCCAGCUAUCAUCAGUUUAUUUUAACAGCUUCACUGUUCUUAGUGUUGCUCUUGAUUUUUCAGUGCAUGGAUUUGACAAGUACUGCUCUGAUCCUGGUGGUUGGUACAUACAUACUCGAGGGUGCUUUUAGUAUCUGCAUGCAGUAUACAGGAAAUAAAUCAAUCUUUUUGUAGUUAAACAGAACCCAAUGGUUAAUUUAGUAGGUUGCUCAAAAGCCAC